AUGCCAACUGGUCAAGGAAGCACCAGCAAUGCAGCUGCAGUCACCUCACCCACAGUACAUACGGUAUUCACGAUCGAGCCUUUCGAUAAUACCAAACUUCGUUGGGAUCGCUGGGUGAAACGUCUGGAAGGGGCUUUUUCAAUUUUCAACGUGACAAGUGAAGACAGUAGGAAACAGUAUUUGUUGCAUUACAUGGGCCCGGAACCUUACGACAUCUUAUGCGAUAGACUGGCACCAAACGAACCAACUUCAAAAACCUACCAGGAAUUGGUUAGCCUGAUGAAGCAAUACUACAACCCAGCACCGCUCGAAAUUGCCGAAAACUUCCGAUUUCACCAGAGGAAGCAGCAGGAAGGAGAAAGCGUCCAGGAAUUCCUCACAGCGUUGCAGAAACUUGCGAUUAAUUGUAAUUUCGGUACGUAUCUCGACACGGCUUUACGGAAUCAAUUUACAUUCGGUUUAAGAAGCGAACGCAUCCAAAACCGUUUACUUGAAACGAAGAACCUAACGAUCCAUAUAGCGCUAGAAACCGCAAUUGGCAUGGAAUUGUCCGCUAAAGAUGCAGCGGAAAUCCAUCAAAAACCAACAAUUAGUGCGAUAAACUCUAAAAUUCAAAAAAAUCGUAAUUCAGCAAAAAAUACGAAUAAUAAUAUAAGUAAAAAUUAUACAAACUCAAAUACAAAUCCUCGAAAUAGAAAUUCCAUUCCAAAUGCGAUUGUUAAUAAAACAGGUUAUUGCUAUAGAUGCGGUAGUACAAAACAUUACGCCAAUAAAUGCGAUAAAAUAAAUAUUAUUUGUAACCUAUGUAAAACAAAAGGGCACAUGAUGAAAAUGUGCAUGAAAGCAAAAAGAGUUCAUAACGCCGAUACAAAUUAUUUAGAAACAGAGCUCGAGAAGGUCGAGGACAUUUUCGAAAACAUCUAUUUACUAGAGUGCGAGCAAGCCAUACAUCGGGACAAGUUUUUUACUACACUCCGCGUAGACGGUAAACUAGUUAAAUUUGAAGUUGAUAGUGGAGCGGCCGUUACCAUUAUGUCAAUAAAUACAUUCAAAACAUUGUUCGCGAACAGGGAACUAUGGAAUACACAUUUGAAAUUAAUUACUUAUUGUGGGAAAGAAUUACAAGUAAUUGGUUACAUUACAUGCAAAGUUGAAUACAAUACAAAAAUUUACAAAUUAAAUAUUUACAUUAUAGAGGGAGGAAAAAAUACAUUAAUAGGUAGGGAAUGGAUACGCCAACUACACCUAAAUUUAUGGAAUAGCAAUGUGAAUAGUAUACAAAACUAUACCUCAGAACAGCUAUUUCAUAAUUUGCUUUCGAAAUAUAGUAAAGUUUUUCAACCAAAUUUAGGUAGAGUUGCGGGUAUCCAGGUUCGGUUGAAGCUAAAAGAAGGUGCUCAGCCUACAUAUAUGCGAGCUCGUACAGUACCAUUUGCAAUUCGAACUAAAAUAGAACAAGAAUUGGAUGAUCUUGAAAAACAAGAUAUCAUUACUAAAGUUGAUCGAUCAGAAUGGGCUACACCGAUUGUUCCGAUAGUAAAAGCCGACGGUAGUAUAAGGAUAUGCGGUGAUUUUAAAAUCACAUUAAAUCCCAAUUUACAAGUGGACGAUCAUCCGGUACCUUCUAUAGAAGAACUAUUUGCAGCCAUGGCAGGUGGCACUAAAUUUUCUAAAAUUGAUAUAAAAAAAGCGUUCUUGAAUAUAGAAGUCCACCCUGAUGAUCGGCACCUACUUACGCUAAAUACACAUAAAGGAUUAUAUCAAUGUAACAGACUAAUGUUCGGCGUAGCAUCAGCACCGGCGAUUUGGCAGCGGGAAAUCGAAAAAAUUCUUGUAGGCAUUGAAGGCGUAGCAGUAUUCUACGACGAUAUUAGAAUUACGGGUCCUACCGAUGAAGUACAUUUAGCCCGCCUAGAACAAGUAUUGUCGAGAUUACAGAAAUAUAACUUACGGGUAAAUAGAGAUAAAUCUACAUUCUUCGCGGACAGAAUAAACUACUGCGGAUACACUAUAGACAAGGAGGGCUUACAUAAAAUGCAAGAUAAAAUUGACGCAAUUACAAAUGCAAAGCGCCCCGAGGACAGGACGCAAUUACAAUCGUUCUUAGGAUUAGUUAACUAUUACGGUAGAUUUUUACCAAAUUUAAGUGCCAUCUUACAUCCACUUUACAAUCUUUUACAAAAAGAUGUUAAAUUCAUUUGGAACAACGAAUGUGAUAGGGCUUUCUGUUUAGUAAAAAAGCAUAUUUGCUCACCGAACGUACUUGCACAUUUCAAUACAAAAUUACCCCUAGUACUAGCCACCGAUGCAUCACCCUACGGAGUGGGAGCAGUGCUGUCCCACAAAUACCCGGAUGGAUCAGAAAGACCCAUACAGUUCGCCUCUCAAACACUUACAAAGACUCAACGCAAAUACUCACAAAUCGAUAAAGAGGCAUACAGUAUUAUCUUCGGUGUAAAAAAAUUCUACCAGUAUCUCUAUGGUCGCAAAUUUACCUUAAUUACGGAUCACAAACCGCUUUUGCAAAUUUUUAACCCUGAUAAAGCAUUGCCUUCGCUAACAACUACGAGAAUGCAGCACUAUGCAAUAUACUUGAGGGCUUUUAAUUUUGAAAUUAAGUAUCGAAGAAGCCAAUUACACGCAAAUGCUGAUGCUAUGUCACGCCUACCUACAAAAUCUGAAGCGCCGAUUCCAGAAAAGGAUGCCAUAGACCUUUUCGAAAUAAAUCAAGUCGAAAAUUUGCAAACGACAGUAUCACGAUUAGCUUCGGAAACUAAUAAAGAUGAAAGUUUAAAGAUGUUGUUGUUAGGGCUUACUACGGGUAAAACAAUCGAUAGAGAACUGCGAUGGAAUAUACCACAAGAAGAAUUCUCGCUGCAACAAGGGUGUAUCUUUCGCGGUCAUCGUGCAGUCAUACCAAAAACAAUGAAGAACGAAAUACUAAAAGAGUUGCAUGUAGGACACUUUGGCGUUAAAAGAAUGAAAGAAUUAGCUCGUAGUUACUGCUGGUGGAAUGGGAUUGAUCAAGAUAUUGAAAGAACGGGGAAAAAUUGUGUGAAUUGUCUAAAAAUCGCUAAGAAUCCCAUAAAAGUAGAUACGCAUAAAUGGGCAGAUCCCAGUAUGCAGUUUGAAAGAGUGCAUAUUGAUUACGCAGGUCCAUUUCACAACUCAUACUACUUUAUACUUGUAGACGCAUACACACGGUGGCCCGAAGUGUUCGUAACUAAAGACAUAACAACGAAAACUACCAUCCGUAUAUUGCGCGAAAUAUUCUCGAGAUUCGGCAACCCUAAAGUACUUGUAAGCGACAAUGGUCGCCAAUUUAUUGCGAAUGAAUUUAAAGAAUUUUUGCGAAUUAACGGGAUAACGCACAAAUUAACUGCGCCAUACCACCCUGCAACGAACGGUUUAGCAGAGCGGUAUGUACAAACAUUAAAAAAAUCAAUACGUGCGACGAAUCCAAGUAAUGAAGAGGAAAAGCACAAAGCAGUACAUGACUUACUUUUGCAAUAUAGAAGGACACGUCAUAGCAUUACAAAUAAAACGCCAAGCGAAUUGAUGUUUGGAAGACAAAUACGGUCGCGAAUAGACUAUCUAUUAGAAACAAAUAAAAAACACAGCACUAGAGAAUAUCCAACAAGGGUCGUGAAAUCAUUUUUAAAGGGGGAUCGAGUUAUGGCCCGACAAUAUGGUACCACAGACAAAUGGAAAUUCGGGAGAAUACAGGAAAUACUGGGAACUCUUCAUUACUUGAUUCAAUUAGACGACGGUCGUGUGCAAAAAUACCAUGUCGAUCAAAUUAGGAAAAUAGAUGCGAACAUUCCUAGGAUCACACAAUAUGAAUCUAACCCGCGUUACACAGAUGCUCCAAAAAAACCGAAUGACGAUGUUCACAUCACGACGCGCGCUCAUAACAACGAGACUCCGCCAAAAAUAUCCGAGCAGAACGCUGCUGCAAACGUACUUCCAACAAAUGAUCCACCACCACGUCGAUCUACGAGAGUUCGCAAAGUUCCAGAUAGACUUAUAUACAAUUAA